UUCAAGGACAGUGCAUACAUUAUCAGAGUUGUGUUUUUUGUUUGCAUUAUGACUGCAGGUAUUGUGGUCUAUGCAAACAUGACUCCUUGUAAAAAAGGUGUCACUUUUGUUGCCAGAUAGAAGGGUAAAAAAGCAAUUAUCAUAUUUUUUACUGGCAAAUGAGGUUCCAAUGAUGGAAAUGCUCACCCCGAGUUCUCAUACUCUGAUGGUGCAUUGUCUUUGAGUUGUGCGCCUUUUGGCGUCAUCUGGUCCAACACCAUGUGAGACUAGGCUCUAAGGAAAGCUGUCUCGGGUGUGGACCAAUCAACUUCAAGGACAGUGCACAUACAUUAUCAGAGUUGUGUGUUUUGUUUGCAUUAUGACUGCAGGUAUUGUGGUCUAUGCAAACAUGACUCCUUGUAAAAAGGUGUCAGUUUUGUUGCCAGAUAGAAGGGUAAACAACCAAUUAUCAUAUUUUUACUGGCAAAUGAGGUUCCCAUAGUGUCUUUGAGUUGUGCGCCUUUUGGCGUCAUCUGGUCCAACCCAUGUGAGACUAGGCUCUAAGGAAAGCUGUCUCGGGUGUGGACCAAUCAACUUCAAGGACAGUGCAUACAUUAUCAGAGUUAUGUUUUUUGUUUGCAUAAUGGCUGCAGGUAUUGUGGUCUAUGCAAACCUGACUCCUUGUAAAAAAAGGUGUCCGUUUUGUCGCCAGAUAGAAGGGUAAAAAACAAUUAUCAACUGCGUUGUUGUGUUUGGUUUGUUGUCCUUCCCUCUGCACCUCUGACUAGCGCGGUUGGCUAGCAACAGUGCGAAGGAAGUUCAAUGUACAUACAUACAAACUACUAUACACUACACUAUACACUACAUUAUACACUACACUAUACACUACACUAUACACUACACUAUACACUACUACACUAUACACUACACUAUACACUACACUACUAUACACUACACUAUACACUACACUAUACUACUACACUAUACACUACACUAUACACUACUAUACACUACACUAUACACUACACUAUACACUACACUACUAUACACUAUACACUACACUAUACACUACACUAUACACUACACUACUAUACACUAUACACUACACUAUACAUUACACUAUACACUACUAUACACUACACUAUACACUACACUAUACACUACACUACUAUACACUACACUAUACACUACACUAUACACUACACUAUACACUACACUAUACACUACACUACUAUACACUAUACACUACUAUACACUACACUAUACACUACACUAUACACUACACUAUACACUACACUACUAUACACUAUACACUACACUAUACACUACUAUACACUACACUAUACACUACACACUACUAUACACUACACUAUACACUACACUAUACACUACACUAUACACUACACUACUAUACACUAUACACUACACUAUACACUACACUAUACACUACACACUACACUAUACACUACACACUACACUAUACACUACACUAUACACUACACAUUACACUACACUAUACACUACACUAUACACUACACAUUACACUACACUAUACACUACACUAUAUACCUCCUAUACAUUACACUGUUCUUAGGAAGCCACUGGAGCUAUGCACUUUUACAUCGUCUUGAUUGGAAACUCGUUUCUUUAGAAGUGAUUUUUGUUUCGUUUAUAAUAAAGGUGUUUUGGGUGAGAUCGCGUAAAUGUAUAAAUGUUGUGUCGUGAAACCCGCCACCAGCCGACACAGCCAACUAGUGAGGGUUGUCACGUAAACAGAACGUGGCCAAUUCGUCACGAGUACAGCACUAGUGUGUAGUGUAGUGUAUAGUAUAGUG